AUGGCUGACCAGCCCACCACCCGACCAAACACUCGUGCGAAGACAGACGAGAGCAAGGCUGUUGCCCAAGUGCGGGAGCAGCUCCCGCAGAAGAAGCGAAGGACCCGGAAGGAAGUCGAGGACGAUGCCAGCAAGCGGGCGGAAGAGCAAGCCGAAAAGGAAGAGCAAGCAAAGGACAAUGUAGCCGCCAUUGAGCUCAAGAUGGCGCAGAAGCAGAAGCAGACAAAGCCCAAGCCCAAGCCCCGUGCAAUGCCGAGAUUGGCUCCGACAGCAGCAGACCCUCCCGCGGCUGUGACAAUGCCAGCGCCCAAGGCACCUACCUCCACAAAGUCAGUGUCGGCGUCAGUUGCUGACGGCACCAUCCAGGUAAAGUUGAGGAGAGAGAAGAAGUCGAGAGAUGAGCGUGCAGUUACUCGCAAGGAUAUCGAAGCAAGGCGCAAGCAUCAAGAAGCCAACGAGGCAGACAUUCAGAAGUCGGCCAGGAAUGGCAAUGCCAGCAUUGUGCUUCAACCGAGGACAUUCCAACUCAAGUCCAUUCCCCGCAUCGUUGAUUGGACUGCAAACAUCCCUGCCGACACUCGGUCUGGACCCAGCAACACCUCCCGCUCCAAGUCCACUGCCUCUACCGCUUUCACCAAUGCCACGUCUGUAUCCAAGACAAGCAAGGCAGGGUCCGCGCUCAGCCAGACCAGCAAGACCUCAAGUAACACUCGACAGGCACCAGCACCAGCACCGGCACCAGCACCGGUGGAGAAAGAGCUUGACGAAGCUCCUGGCCUUCGCGACGAUGACGAGCCUGAGGACAUUGCCAAGGAGCGGGACUACGUCGUCAAUGCUCAAAGCAACCGUACACUUGUCUCUGUCAACCGAGACUCCACUCCGGACGUGAGCCCCCCCACGCAGAAUAUCCUACCCCGGUCCACCCCCCUCAAGCGACACUUUGACGACGUCCAGGCUGCUGCACUCGAGUCGGAUGAGGAUGACGAGGCUCUUUCCAACGAACGGAUCUUCAUCGGUUGUGAUGAACUUGAGGUCGGUACUGAUCCCAGGCAAACCGGCAACGAGGGAGGCAAGAGCGUUAAUAGCCCUGAAGACAAUGACGACCAGGAGGACGUUGACAAGGACAGAUCCGGAGAUGAGGAGAUGGAAGAGGUUGACCAUGCAGACCACGGGAGUGACAUGCAUGAAGAUGGACCCGAAGACAUCGAACUGGAUCCCAACGUGCGGCUUCAGGACGCAGGGGUGGAGGCCCAGCAGGAGCCAGCUGAAGAUAAUGAUGAUCGUUACGACGACAUCAUGGAGGUUCAGCAGGGCGGUGGGGACGAUGCAGCCAUCACGGAGCCGCUGUCAUUGGGCAGCCGUUCGCGCACGACUAACUCUAUGCAUGCGAAGGCCUCGAAGCCCGACGAGCACCCCGCAAAGCGUGCUAAGGUUGCUCCCGGAGGCGACCGCUACACCUCCGCUUCCCAUCGCUCCGUCUCCUCUUCCCAUCGCUCUGUCUCCUCUUCCCAUCGCAUCCCCUCUUCCUCCCGCGCACCCGUAUCUCAACGGUCCGAAGGAGGUGUCGUCUCGGGCAACACACCGACUUCCCAGGCUGUCACUGAACCCAUCAACGUCAAGCCGCCCCUCAAAGGCAAGAAGUACACCAUGGACGACUUGCCAGCUGGCUCGCGAGACGAGCGGAAGUUCUCCGGCAAGUACAUGCCCACCGUCUGCAUGUACUAUGGGGCCCAAGACUACGAUGCGGUGUGGAAGGAUGAAGAGUUGCCGGAGUUGAUCAAGAAGAUCUGGCGCGUUGUCUACGGCUCUCUGCCCCCUCCGGAGCAUCUUCCGGCCAUUGUUAGUGUCACUGUUGACCGCCUCUACCUCUGGCGGAACAACUUCAGCUCCACCACCGUUUCUGCUCUUCUCUUCGUCUUUGCCGGCAGCAACACCAUCGAGGAGGAGGAGCGCAUCACCUACUCCAAGGAGCUACUUCUUCACAACGCAUUCGUGUACGAGAAGUUCGAGAACGGAAGACCUUUUGGCUCGUUCCGGGGCUCAUACUUUCUGAUGGUUCUCUCUUGUCAUUUCCAGGCUAUCCAGGGCUUCGUCCGCGUCCCCGAUCUGGCGAAAUAUCAUGAGCCGGAAUAUCUCCCUUAUGGCGCCUUUGCCUUGGCCGCCUCAGCUGCCUGCCGAGCGCUCGAAAUGAACAUCGAAGGCAAGCUCGGGAACGUCGGCGAUGCUCUCGAGAGCACGAUCCGCUCGGGAUGCUCCGCGAACAGCGAAGGAUUCACCAAGGCGAAGAAGUACAUGGCACAGGCCAACGCCAAGGCUAGACCGAAGAAGGGUAGGGCACGGAAGGCGAAGGCGAAGGCGAAGGGAAAGAAGAAGCAGGCCGACGAUAGCGACGGCAACGCCAGCGACAACGUUGCUGAGGAUCAAGCUCAGGCCGCUGGGGCCCCCGCUUCCGCCGCUUCCACUCCCGCCGCUCCCUCUGCUUCUGCCCCGCUCCCGUUCUCGAAGGACCACUACGGUAAACUUACCAAAAGGUUCUGGACAUCCAUCCAUCAAGCUGACGACGAGCGCAUCAUCGACGCGUUCGCGCUCGCUGGCGAGUUGAUCCAACGGGAUGACAGCGAGGAGUCUGACUCGGGCAGUUCUGGCAAGUCGUCUGACAACGAGUUCCUGGUGGUUAACGCGUGA